CAUUUCUUGCACCCGUAAACGACUUCAUCCAAAGCGACAACUCUUAAAGGUGAGCUCUCUUACUGCUAUGCACUUUAUUCCCAUUAAUGACAACUGAUGUACCUUGACAUACAUUAAGAACCACUUCAAUCCAUAUGUACAAACAGCUUUAUAUAUUUAACAUGACAUUUAAAUGCCUUAAGUAACAGUUUUCAUGCUUCCUUAAAGCUUCCUUUGUGUGUGUGCCCUGUGACCCAGAGGUGUGUCUCAUUUAAAGAUGGAAAAAUCAUUUAUAGUACAGGGCAGAGAAAAUGAGACUUUUCAUUAUAUUCUGUUCAGUCUCUGUUUAACUUGAAUGACAAUUUUUCAGUUUUUAUACUUGUUAGGUAGCUUGUAAUUCUUUUACAGAUGAUUUUUUAUUUUACUUGGACACAUAAGACUGCAUUAAAAUCCAGAUAAUAAAAAAUUAAUUUGAUCAGAGAGGUCAAGAAGUUACAGGCUUAUACAAGGGACCUCCUAUAACUUGAGGUGAAAACCAAUAAAACAGGGUGGAUACAAAGGUAACAUGUUGAAAUGACAAAAUCAAUUAAAAUUUAAGAUAAAAUUCCUGAAACACUGUAUAUUAACUAGACUGAAAGUGAAAUCAUGUAUCUUAAAAUGUAUUUACAAUUUCAGCAGUCGUGCUUUUCUUUUUUUUUUCAACUUCCCUACCUUUACAUUCCCACACAAAAGCCAGGAGUGACGACGGUAGCCAUAGUAACAGGCCUCAUCCCCACCACCUACAAGUGUCAUUCCCUGUGGUUUGGCUUCCUGUGUGUCCGCCUGGUGAUCCUCUUCCUGGCAGAGCUGCCUGUUACCAAAGUGGAGGCUGACUCAACCUGCAAUGGCACUGGGGACCGCAUCUGCUCCAGAGUCUGUUUUCAUAGCCACAAACCCAUGAUGGUGGCCUGGAACUUUAUCUUCGUGCUGGGUGUCCUCUCUGUCCUGCUGAUGGAGCUGUUUUCCUCCCACUUGUGCUCCCUGACUAAGAAGAGGAGCUCUCAUGGAAGGACUGAUGUGGAGCUGGAGGCCCAGGUUGUGUACAAACCCGGGGCCAAGAUGGUCAUAGAUCUCCACAGAGACAGAGGCACAGUAGGGUUCUACUUAUUCAGCAUCAGCCUGCAUAUUCUGGCUGAAACAUAUUCAUAUACACAUAUUCUGCUUUCUUGGAACUUGCCAACGCUGAAUUUUAGGUCCAUAUGCUCCACAGACAUCUGCUCAGAGUUGCAUGUUUGUGUUUUGAGGGCUGCCCCAGAGAAACAGUCUGUUUAUGCCUUUGCUUCCAUCUCAGGCAUGAUUAGUUCAACCCUGUUUUGUAUGUGCUCCAGUGCUCACUGCCUUUGCAACUUUUAAACAUCGAAACUUUAAUAUUGAUACAGUUUUUUCUGAUUUAUGUGAAUUAUAUCAACACAUUCACAGUUUGUUUUAUGCAUCCUGUAAACAAAAGGGCGUAGGUUUCAUUACAACACUAAUGGGGGGCUGAGGAACAGCAUUGGGCUUUGAAGGCAAUUUUACAUAGUGGCCAAAUAUAGAAUUACAACAAUCAGGUCCGUGGCCCAAAAACGCUUUUUCCCAUAGACUUACAUUGUGAAAGAGCCCGUAAAUCAGUGGAUACGUUUUUCUGAGUGCCACAACCCCUGUGAAAUGAUUUAUUUCACUAUUUAGAUUUGAUCCAUCCAAAACAUUUCACAAGUCUAGAAGAGCCCCAUCAUUAAAUCAUUUACCUGAAGUUAGCUGCUCAGUCAGUGGAAGUCUCGAGUGUUCAAGCCGAGUUUCAAUGUUCUCGUGUUUCAAAUGCAUGGACCAGACGUGGCUGUCGAAGAGGCCGGGGGGUCUGGCACCGUGUAGUUCCUAGAGCACCUCCUCUUUUUGCAUUCUUGGUAUGGGAUGGAAAUACAGUAGCGUUGGUUGAACACACGUCAGUCUUUGGGACUUUGGGACAAUCUCAGUAUCCAGGGUGUUGUUGAUGUCAUGAGACUUCUCGAACUUCACUGGGUUGUCCAACCAUGCAUAGAUCGUACUCAUCAUGGGGUCCAUGUCCAGAGCAGUAAUGACAUCAUACUGCUUAAAGCCAUCUUCACCAACUUCAAUCUGAUCUUGGGGCUUGAAGAAGUCUCUCCACUGAGGUGCCCUCCUCCAAUUAGGGCUGCAACGAUUAGCCGACUAAUUGAUGACUAAUCGGUUUGAGUCAUUUUUCAUAGAAAAGUACUAAGUACCCCAAAAUACUUAUAA